AUGGUAAAACAUGUGUCUGGAGAUGCAAUCAGCUCUCUUCCAGACGAGACACUUGCUCAGAUCUUGUCUAAACUUGCCACAAAACAAGCUGCUUCAACCUCAAUUCUCUCCAAGAGAUGGAGGAAUCUGUUCCCACUCAUGAAUCAUCUCUUCGCUUCACAACACCAUCUCGACUUUGACCACUCAGAAUUCCUCAACCCAAAGCAAGGUGAAAAAAAACUUGGACGUCGAAGGAAAAAGGAGAUUGAGGAAAGCUUCAGGGCUUUCGUUGAUAAAACCCUGUGUCUGCCAUCUCGCAACAACAACAACAACAAGAUCAAGAAAUUCUCGCUUAAAUGUCGAGACAAGUAUCACGACAUGGCUCAGACCAACAGAUGGAUAAAAUAUGCCUUGGAAAGAGACGUCUCGGAACUCGAUCUCCGCAUAAAGACCGAUUCGAUCGGCGCGUCAUCACGUCCUCUCCCUUCAGAAAUCUUCACAAGCAAGACGCUGGUGAAACUGACACUAGGAACAUAUAUUUCUGUCGGAGACAUAUCUCCAAAAGUGUUACUUCCAGUGCUAAAGUAUCUCUCCCUCGACACAGUUUACGUCUUCGACGGCGAGUUUUACUACGACAUGAUGCAAGGCUGCCCAGCGCUUGAGGAGCUUGUCUUCAACUACGUUGACAUCAACCACUACAACGCUCCAGAAGAACCCAACUGUAUAUCACACAAAACCCUCAAAAGACUCACAAUGCGCACAAAUUUACGAUUGAUGAUAUUGGAUACCCCGAGUCUUGUCUACCUCGACUACUCCGAAAACACUAGAUGUAUCUUCCAUUCAGCAACUUUCAUCGAGUCCCUUGUUGAAGCCCGACUCGAUCUCGCGGGACUGACAAGACAGGACCACAGCGACCAUCCUAAUCUAUCGAAAGUCAUCGGUUGGAUAAUAAACGCUCGCACCCUUUACUUUUCUUCCAAUACCGUUGAGGUUAUCUAUUCAUACUGGAAAGGGUGUCGUUUCUAUGACUCUGAGUUUCCUCGUUUUGGAAACCUGCUUAAACUUUCUUUCGAGAGUAAAACGAAACAAGGUUGGGAAGUUCUUACAAUCAUGCUCAAAAACUCUCCGAAGCUAGAAACUCUUGUUCUCAAGGGACUUCACUUUAUCAACAGUACUCACGGUGUCUGCGUCAAAGAGAAUACAGUUAAGGUGCUAGAGAUAAACGAUUAUAGAGGAAGCCUUGAAGAAUUAGGGCAACUAGAGCGUUUCUUGCGCCAAACGGAUUUUCUUCAAGUGAUAAAAUUGCAAAUUGACGCUCAGAUUAAAGAUGAUGACAAGAAACUACAACUCACCAAGGACGACUUACUUGAUCUUCUUUUAAAAUGUGAAUCCAGUUGCCAAAUUCAGUUCGUAUGA